UUUACAAAUGGUUUAAAUGUAUAUAAUUGAUAGUAUGUGUCAUAAAUGAAAUAUACAUAAAUGCAGUAAAAGUUUAGGUGCUGAAAUAAAAUAUAAAGAAGUGCUGUUAUUUUUUACUUGUAUUCCAAAGAACAUUUAUAUAUAGCAAUGGUCAAUAAACUGAAAGUUAUCAACUUAACUUUAUAUAUUGUUCGAAUAUAUGUGGUUUUUGUUAUACCGCCUGGUUAUAUCCACCCUGAUGAACAUUUUCAAUCAACAGAGAUUGCAGCUAAUGAUAUUCUUAAAUUAAAAGCAGUAAGAACAUGGGAAUGGAAUAAUACUUAUCCAGUUCGAAAUGUUUUAUUUCCAUAUAUAACAGCUGGUUUGCCAUUUUGGCUGUUGGAUUUAGCAAAAGUGUUUUUAGACAUACAGCUUUCUACAUACAUAUUGAUUUUCCUGCCACGUUGUGUUAUGCUUAUUUUUAUUCACAUGGUUGAAGGAAUGGCUGUCAAAAUGCUUGAAUUAGGGAAGACAAGAAGAUGUACACAUGAGCUAUUUUUAUUCGUGUUUAGAACAUCGUACAUAUCUAUAGUUUUUUUAAAUCGACUAUUUUCAAAUUCCUGUGAGACAUUCUUGUUUACAGCAUUUUUAUAUCUUAUGUUCAAAAAAUUAAAAUGUGCUACUAAAUCAAUUUUCUUGGACUUUGGAAUUGGUUUAAUAUUAUCAUUUGGAUUCUUUGUACGAGCUUCUUUUUUAAUGUUUGCAUUUUAUCCUUUAUUUCAUGUUUUCAUUGUAAUGGUGGUGAAGCUACCACUAUUGAAAUUUUUCACAAAGGGAUUGAAAAUGGCAAUUUCAACCAUGAUUGGAUUUAUUGUUGGUGCUUUUGUAAACAUUAUGAUGGACUCAUAUUACUUUUCAGAUCAAAAAAUGUUUUUACUCCAAGUGACGCCAUGGAAUUCUAUUAAAUAUAACACCAACAAAGAAUCUCUUAAGGAGCAUGGCAUACAUCCAAGAUACUUGCAUUUGAUUGUUAAUAUGUUUUUACUGUAUGGCCCUAUGUAUGCGGCAUUUCUGUUAACAGUCAGUCGAUUACUUUUCUCUUGUAUGAAAUAUCGCAAUGUAAAAACAGAGAAUAUAAGUCAAGAAAUUCAAAUUUUCAUGUCAGGCUCAUCUAUAAUACCAGUCCUGUUUCUCUCUGCUAUACCACAUCAAGAACCUAGAUUUCUUCUUCCAGUGAUUGUUCCAAUGACAUUCUUGUUUGUCUGUACCAUAAACAAACAAUUUUAUGUUUCAUUUUUCUCUGUUUGGAUUGUGUUUAAUCUUCUUGGUGUUGCAUGGUUUGGAUUUUUACAUCAAGCUGGUGUAACUCCAGUAAUAUCUAUUCUGAACAAGCAGCUGCAAUACCCUGAUGGUAAAAUACAUCAAAUAAUAUUUUGGAAAACAUACAUGCCACCUAAUCACUUGUUUGGCUUGUCUAUGGACAGAAAAGAUGUGACUAUUUUAGAUUUUAGUGGUGCACCAUUUUCAGAUGUUAUUAUUCAUUUAAAUAGCAAAGAUAAAGUAAAUAUUUCCAGAGAUGAGACUUUUUGGUUUGUGGUGCCAAAUUUGCUUGGAAAGGAUUUACAUAAUCGUAAAACUUUUAAAUGGAAAUUGAAGGCUCAAGUAUUUCCUCAUGUAUCCGCAGAAAACCUGCCUGUAUCAGAAGUGAAAGAAUUUAUACAGAAUAUCUCUUUUAGUACGACACUUGAUGAAGUUUUAAUGUUUUUGAAAGACAUAUUUUCAUUAAAUUUGUAUGUAAAUAGUGCAGCUUAAAUAUUUUUGCCAUGUUGUUGCAAUGUAAAAGUAAUUUUGUAGGACAAUGUUGUAAUAAAUUGAAGAAAGUAUGCAUUAAAUUACCAACAUUUAAAGAUUGUCUACAACCAUGUAAUACACGUUAUUCUUUAUAACAAGUUAAACGUUUAGCUAAAAUGUAAACAAAAACAAAUAGAGGAAACAAACUUUCGUAUACUUGGGCACUGAAAAAUGUGAAAUUAAAUUUCAAGUUUUAUACUAGUUGAUCUUAUUUUUCAAUGUCAAGAAACUUCUUAAUAGAACUUUAGAAUGUUUUCAUUGCGUUCGAAAAACUGUAGCUAACUGGAAUUCUUUUUCUUCAGGUAUUCAAAUAUUUACUGUUUUUCAGAGAAUAUGAUUUCUACAUAAACAUAUGGUAUUGUAUUCUUUUAUUCUCAUGACCUUAAAACGUAGAUCAAUUUUGGCAUUUAUUAUGUUUUUAUCAAGCUACCAGGCACUAGAUGGGACGAAUCAUUCAUCCAUCAUGUUAAAAAACAACAUCCUUGGUCCUUCCAACAUUUUUAAAUAUCAUUUGUUUUUGUUAACCCCAUUUUAGAAUUGGUAGCUAGUCUAUAUUAAAACCCACAAAUGCAAAAAAAUUUGAAAGGAAAGCCAUGCUGAUGUGAGCAAUAAUUACCGCUUUUUAGGGGUUUUAAUCUCUAAGUCUGUUGUGGACAUUGACAAGUGAAUUUAAAUUCCAAUUUACUGAAUUUAUUAUAGAAAUAGACUAUGUAUUUAAUUGUGUGGACAAACCUUAACAUUGUCUGAAUUUGUGUUUUGGAGGAUUGCGGACACUAUAAAUAUUGUUAUUGUAGAUAUUAUUUCGGUUUGUCUGUUCAGUAUUCAUAUUACUGUGGAAAGUUUAUCAUUUCUUGAACAUGAUACUUUAGUAGGCGACGUUUCGGGCGAUCCUUCUCCCAUCAUUGGGCAAAGUAAAUUGAUGUUGCGCAUGUAUUUAUAUAAUUGCAGAGGAUCGAAAUUCAUAAAAAUUAACCAAUCAGAAACGAGCUGAUAAUUACAGUUAAUUACGGUAAUUAACAUUUUCGGACCUAGAUGUAGGUAACUACUUCUUCUGUAGGGCUGGUAACCAAAUCUCAGGAAGUUGAUACAAGAUGCUUUUUAUGUGUUUGUUACGUUCUAGACUGUUGAUGGUUUCUUUAAUCUUCC